AUGUGUGCACGAUGGGAUCACCAAUCCGUUUACAAGAAUAACACGCUCUACAUCGAUGGGGGAAAGCAAACCUUCAUCGAUGAAAGAGAGGAGAAUGGUGAAAUCAUCCAGGAGGGCAAUAUUACAGUGGGAUACAGGACUAAAGACAAUUAUAUCAUUACCAUUGACAUGUCUAAAUCUUGGAAUUGGGAGACAAAUAUUUCUGAAGCUGCUCUUGAGAGGAUGCCGAUACAACAAUCACAAACGAAGCCGCCUGUCGUCUCGCGAGGUGCGUUCUUCUACGGCGGUGAUAGUAGCGAAAAUGUUUACCUCUGGGGAGGAACGACGUCAUACCUCAACAGGACUUUUCCUGGCUUUGAACCGCCGAUGACAUCUCAAUAUUCUCUUUGGUCAUACAAACCUUCAGAUAAUACUUGGGCCCAAUUCGAUACGGGGUCUACAGUCCAAAAUCGCCCAAGCAGUGGCUCCUUCGCAGAGGUCCGGGAGCAGAACCUCGCAUUCUAUUUCAAUGGGCAGCUUGACUCGGGGAGUCAGGUUUCAACGCAAGUCUUUGGAGACGAUCCGAAAGUGUUCUUAAAAGGGAUGAUCAUGCUGGAUCUGGCUAACCAAACAGCACGUAACCUUUCAACUGAUGCUGUGGUCGGUGAUCAGCCAAGGUCGCGGUGCGUUCCAAAGGCCUAUGCCCCCCUAUUCUAUGGCACUAAAUUGAUCAUUGUCCGAUUUCUGAGCGCAACGAGAUACAUGCACGGUGGCCGUUCAAGCGACGAUUUGGAGGCAAAUAUAUUCUACGACGAUGUGUACAUACUCUCUAUACCUUCAUUUACAUGGACGAAGGUAUACGAAUCGAAGAGAGGUAAGGCAGGGCAUACAUGCCAUCGCGUGGGCCCAAGUAAGAUGAUCCUUGUGGGGGGCACCAACUCCAUGAACUAUACCGAGGGAUGCGACUGGCACACCAAAGGCGUGGGAGUGAUGGACAUGAAUGAAAUAGUGUGGGGGAGGGUUUAUGAUGCUAACGCUGAGGAUUAUCAAGUGCCAGUCAAUGUUAGCCGGAGGAUCGGGGGAGAUAAAAACGGAGGCGCCGCCAUGCGCCAGCCAACUCUUGGUUUUGAUCAAGAGGGUCUGGCGAAGAUUUUCAAUGGGACAACGAAGGCUAAAACAUUACAGAACGCAACAGUAACAAAUACACCGUCAAAGAUGAGUCCUAGCAACACGAUCAGCAAGUCCAUUAUCGUUUGCACUGCCGUAGGAGCCGUCGCUCUGGUUGGUGUAACAGGAUCUUUGGUAUAUCUCUAUCGCAGAGGACUUUAUCAGAUCAUUACAAAGACGGAAUGGCCUUUCGUGGAGAUGGAUGGCAGUGGACGAGAGGACGUAGAAAUCAUGACCAAUUCUGUGUGCUGGGAGCUGCCGGCGAUGGAAAAACCUGUUGAAUUGGCCGUGCGGUGCAGCAGUUCCAAAUUCAGGGAGAAAUCGGGGAAACGAGAGGUCAAGCCUCCAUCGUGGGUACCGCCGGUUACUGAUGAGGGCGUCCCUUUCUAG